GCAUUCACGCCCGCAUCCGAAACUAUUACACUCCGACCCACCCAAAGCAGCACCCCUUUUCCGCCUUCCCAUUAAAAUCGACGAAUUCUUCGCCGUAGAAAGCAGAUUCGCGAACGGAAACAGCAGCACCGUUGCGUGUUGUGAUAUACUAGUACUAUAAUUCUUGCAACUUGUUGUGGUUUCUUCCCUCUUCGCUUCGAUCAAACCGCGAUACGAGUUGAUAUAAACAAGAAAGCCGUGUUAGUGCUGUCCCCAAUCGGUGGAUUCCAAGUCCGAUGGCUCGAUCGACAUUUUAAUUCCGAUUUAUUUUUGGUGAAUUGUCGUGGAUUCCGCGGCCGCGGGGGCACAGUGUCAAAGGUGUGACCAGUCGCGAACUCGCGAUGCAGUACCACCACCGCAGCCGCCUGCCGCCGCCUCCUCCACCGCCGUUUGGCCGCGGCAGUGGUGCCGUGUACCCCGGCGGUCACAAGCAGCUGUACGCUCCUCAAACUCCUCCUCGGCCCCCGCUUCUUGCGCCGCCGCAUCGCAGAUACGAGGUGCUCAUGGAGGCCGGCCGCCUCGCGGCCGAGUACCUGGUAUCCACGGGCGUGCUCCCGCCGUCCUCCCUACAGCGCGGCGGCGGCGACCCGUGGGCUGUUCCUCCUCCUCCACUGCCUCAACCGCGGCAGGAACCCCCCGCAUUCUAUGACUGGAGGAGGUACGAUGAUGUAUAUAGCAAUAACCCUGGCACCCGGCCUAGGCGGAACAGUAGCAUUACUAGUUGUUGUACUAAUAGAGAUGAUUACAGUAAUGGUGGUAGCUACAAUGGGAGAUGGAAGAGAAAGUAUGGGGAGUACAGAAUGGGGUAUCCAGGUCGUGGAAGGGAGAGGGAGGAGGAGAGAGCAAGGUCGAAUUCGAAUGGUCGACGAUAUGAGGAAGAUAAGGACGAGGAUGGUGCUCCUGGAUUUCAGAGGGAUCGGCGGUCCAGUGUGGAGAAUGACGAGUCUAGGAGAUGUGUGACGGAUGAGGUGAAAGAGGCGGCACCUUUCAUGGAGAAGGCUGUAGGUCAGUUGGAGAUGAAGGAUACCGGAUUGAAUGCUGAUGUUAGGAAGAAUGCUGAUGCUUUGCUGGAGUUGCAGGCUGAGAAUGAAGGUGAGAUGAAAGAGAAUAAAAUACUGAGUUCAGAAUUAGAGAUGGACCCUAACGGUGAUGUCAAUAACACUUCUAUUGUAGUUGUUAUGGAGGCAGAUGCGAAGCUUUUGCCAGAUGGUAAGGUUGUGGGUGAGAAAGCUGAAGAUAACAACAAAGUUUUGUGUGACCGUAUUGCCUUGAAUGAUGACAUGAAAAUUUUGGAAAAUGGUUUGCAUGUCGACAGGAGGAGUUUGCUUAAACACUAUGACUUUGCAAAAGCUCCAACGAAGCCCAGCUCAUGCCAUGCACAUAGAAAGUUAGUAACUGAAACGGUCGAUCUAGUUUCUUCUAGAGAAGGUUCUCAGAUGGUAGCCGAUGAAGCAGCAAAUGAGAGAUCUUUGACUAACAUCCAGCCAUAUAACAGAGAAGAUCAAAUCUACCAAGAAUGUACUGUCUCUAAGACAGCUUACAAAGAAAUAACAAUGGAACCUAUGCUUCUCCAAGAAAACAAAACAUUAGUUGUUACUGAAAAUAUGAGAGAAUACAAGAACGAUGCACAACUCCAUGUAGUCCAGGAAUACAAGGAAGAACAAGAUGUAUCUUCUUUGACAAUUUAUCAGAAGCAUAACUUGAUGCAAGAAAACGACUUAUCUCCAUUGUCGGCUUCUCGCAAGGGUGGCUUGAUGCAAGAAACCAACCUAUCUACGUUGACAGGAACGCAGGAGGAUAUCAUGAUCGAAGAUGCCAACCUAUCUCCAUUACCAGAUGCUCACAAUGAUAGCUUGAUUGCAGAAACCAACCUAUCUCCAAUGGCAGAUGCACACAAUGAUAGCUUGAUUGAAGAAUCUGAUCAAUCUCCAUCGACAGCUUCUCACGAAGUUACCUUGAUGCAAGAAACUGACAUAACUCAGUCAUUAUCUUUACAUAAAAAUAACUUAAAUCUACAAUUUAAGAAAGGAGCCCAGAUUUGUGAUACUGAAAUUGUGCCAAAAGAAGUGGGCUUGUUUGAGUUUUCUGAUCAGAAGAACAUUGUUGGUGCUGAUUUGUUUUGUAAUGCCGGGGCUGAAACUAUCAUCCAAAUGGAAGAAGAAGAAAAGCUGGAUCAAUCCAGCUCAUUCAGAACACCUAAUAAUCCUGGCUUUGGCCAACACUCUGCACCAGGAUAUUCAGUGGAGCCACAUAAACAACUGCAAGAAGAUUUUGGAGCUAAUGUGGGAGACAUUGUCGGUGGUACAAAUAAUUUGUGCCAAGUUUCAUUAGACAAUAACUCUGUCCAAGUAUUUGAUAUAGAAGAUGACAUGCCAAUUGAAGGUGCUGGCUUUGAUUCUUCAAAAGCAAAGAACGAGAUGAUAUGCUCUAGCAUGGAUGUCAUAAUGCACCCUGGCAUACAUACUGAUGAUCUUCCUGUAAUUGAAGAUGGUUACAAUCUUGCACUUUCUGAUUAUCUAGCGGCUGAUAUACCAUGCUACACAUCAUUGCGACCUGAUCUUCAAGCUGGUAUAUGUACCAAUGAUUCUGAGGGCAUCCCUGUCAUGGAUGAUCCAAUAUAUGGGUCUCUCACUGAUAUUGGUUUCAUGGAUGUUUGGAGCCAGCCAGCUGAGGACUUCGAGAAAUUCUUCUAAUACGCUGCCAAAACCGGAAAUUGUUCAAAAGCGUGACAAAAAUAACAUGUGUAGCAUAGCGUAGGGAAGAAUAAGCAGAUUGCCCCUCCCGUCAAAGAAAAGGCAAUCAUACUGUAGCAAUAGAGAAAUUCUAAUGUCGAUACCAGUUUGAUGGAGCAAGUCUCUGAUUCAAAGUUAAUUUUAUGUGUAGUUCGAUAUUGUAGGAUAUGUAGAUUCUUUUUGCUGUUUUAUUCUGGAAAUAGUAGCGGAACCAGCCUGCAUAUAUUGGAUGAAUGAACAUAACAUUGUUUUGCGAACACGAUCUUUGUGAAAACCUAAAAUCUUUAAUCGGGCAAUAGCAAUGCUUGUGCUUUGUUUUC